GUCACCAUGCUCAGGUUUGUGAUCCUCACUUUUCUGCUGGGCUGUGCCUACGGCUGUGGCGAGCCUGCCAGCCCCCCUCUUAUCUCCCGAGUGGUCGGAGGUGAAACUGUCAAUCCCCACAGCUGGCCCUGGCAGAUCUCCCUGCAAUACGACAAAAGUGGCGUCUGGGCUCAUACAUGUGGCGGGACCCUUAUUGCUGACAACUGGGUCCUCACAGCUGCCCACUGCAUCAGCAGCAGCAGAACAUACCGAGUUCUCCUGGGGAAACAAAACCUGAAGGUAGAGGAGCCAGGUUCAGUGGCUGCUGCUGUGGAGAAGAUCAUCGUCCAUGAGAAAUGGAACUCCUUCCUGAUUGCCAACGACAUUGCCCUGAUCAAACUGGCUGAGCCUGUGCAACUGAGCGACACGAUCCAGCCAGCCUGCCUGCCCGCAAACGGUGCUGUCCUGACUAAUGACUUCCCCUGCUACAUCACUGGAUGGGGACGCCUCUGGACCAAUGGUCCCAUCGCGGAUGACCUCCAGCAGGCACUGCUGCCCGUGGUGGACCACGCCACCUGCACUAAGUGGGACUGGUGGGGCUCCAGGGUCAAGGACACUAUGGUCUGUGCCGGAGGAGAUGGAGUCGUUUCUGGAUGCAAUGGCGACUCUGGAGGCCCACUGAACUGCCAUGGUGCUAACGCUUGGGAAGUACACGGCAUUGUGAGCUUCGGAUCUGGCCUUGGCUGCAACACUCGCAAGAAGCCAACUGUCUUCACCCGGGUGUCUGCCUACAUCGACUGGAUAAACGAGAAAAUAAAUCUCAACUGAAGAGCCUGGCUUAUUUCAUGGCUUGUAAAUCCCAGGACACCUUAAUAAAUGUUCCCAUCAUAA